AUGGAGGCAGCAGAGGAGGCUGCGGUGGUGCGGGCCACGGCAGGUGCGAGCGCUCCCGGCAGGAGCAGCACGGCGGGUGUGGCUCGGCGCGGCUGCGGGCGCACGCGACGGCACACCGGGCGGGGCGAGGCCACGCCGCCAGAGCAGUGGCGUCUCUGUUCUGUUGUUGCUUACGAGGCGAAGAAGGAGGCGACGUGCUCCGACGCGCCGGAGGAGCCGGAGCUGCGGCGUCUGUCUUCCGCCAUUGCUGACGAGGCGGAGGAGGAGGCGGACUGCUCCCACACGCCGGAGGAGGCGAAGGAGGAGGCAGAGUGGCCUCAUGCGCCGAAGCAGCAAGAGAAGCAGGCGGAGUGCCCUGAUCAUUCGCCAGAGGAGGAGUCGGAGUGCCCUGACUCACCGGAUGAGGAAGAGGAGGCGGAGGCGUCCAGUUUGGAAGCUUGA